AACCUUGACGAAAUGUUCCCGACAUGGGAAAACAAACAAAUAGAAAUACAUUUGCAAAACGGAUGCACCAUGAAGCUGUGCCAAGGUAAGCGAGUUUAAGACUGUUUUGUUUCACUGCUUUUGUACAUAAUUUUUCACUCCUGCCCCGGGGGGAAUUCCCGCUUUUGACGCAUUCGAAAAUGUUUGUUUACGUACGUAACAUUUUGUAUUGUUUCCCUCCCUCUAUUCCUCUUAUUUAUACCUUUGCAUUGCAGUUUUAAGUUUAUUUUCACAAUAAACCCAAAACGAAGGAGGUGAGAUGAGAUUCGAUUUGAGGCAACAUUUUCGUAUUUGUUUGACAACGCAAAGUAUAAAACAAUACACGAUCGUAAACAUUUGUUCAUCAAUUGCAUAUUCCAAACGCAUCGCAUGAGUGAAUGUGUUGACAGCAUCGAUUAAGAUAAUUUCGCAGGGAUAAGAUUGAAAUGUUGUCUGUCCUCGACUCAAAAAAACGGCAUUGUUUGAUCUUAACCGGCUAUAUUGGCACGGUUACACUCGGUAUAAGCUGCCUUUUCACGGUUAGGAGUAAGAAAUAUCUUUUGAUCGAUAUGAUUGUAUGUCCUCGAUGAAGCGACAAAAAAUCAGGAUAUACUAAUUCUGCAAUGUAAGCCAUUAGUAAUAUGUAAGUAGAUAUAGACUAUAGAUGUAGAUAUGGAUCUCUAUGAUAAGAAACAUAUAGUUCCCUUUGUCACAAUUCUUAUACACUCUCGUGCUACUAAAAAGAAAAUGCUCUUUUUCAGUGCUUAUCUGUAGUUUUUGCAACUGCCCUUACUUUUUCUACACUUUAACUGCAUCACCUUACAUACUGCCUGCUGUUUAUCAUUUCCUCACAAUAAAUUGGACUUUAAAAUAAAAGACAUGAAUAACUUAUGAAGCGAACAAAACUUCACCAUUUACCUCAACAUGUUCUGUCCAGCUCACUACUCGUAUUGCACUUGUUACCACUGGUGAUUCCAUCACGACGAAUUGGUUCUUUCUCCUCCAAAGCUUCAUGUACUACUGACAAUUAUUAAUGUUGUCUCAAAUCUGUCACCGUGUACACAGGUUGACACAAAAACAUAAUACUCCGCGAACCUUAUAAUACCCUGUUCGGCAUGCAUCGAUGAUGGCCUGUCCACGGUUGAACUGUACCGUAGAGUUUUAGCAAGAACCGUGACCUAACACAUUGCCCCUCCGACACACUGUAAGGCGAUCAUACAAAAUACAUAUUUGGUCAAUCCGCUUAUCCAUCCGUCAAUGACGAUACAACGCACCUGAGUACGAACCGAAACUGUUUUUCUCUUCCUUCUUUUGGUGGCAAUAUGUUUAUGAAAAGAACAUUUUUAGUGGAUUAGUUCACCGAUGCGUUCGUCGUAAUUUGAUGCCACUGCUAACACUUCGUAACAGUUCAAUACCUUGAGAAUGAUAAUUUGAAAUUUUGCAAUAUUCGGAAAGAAAGGCAAACUAUUGUGUACUGAAAAACAAUUUACUUAAUAGACUAUUUUUACAACAUUUGUUGGAUAUCUACGCGGAUUGAUUUUGAUGUGCUUUUCGACGGAUUAAUAAAUGCAAAAUCGUACCAAAAUUGUGACCAUCCCAUAUCCCAGGACGUUGCAAAUCAAACGAUGUUCGAUUAUGUACAACGUGCGUGCUUCAAUAAGCUUCAGUCCGUAACGCGACUUUGAGUCAUUCGUGUUAUCUAGUCAAAGUUUCGUAAAAAUUAGCAAACCAUGUGGGUGGGCAAUUGUGUCUGUGACAAUUUAAUUAUUUGAUUAUUUAACAAAUGUAUAAUUCAAUUGUAAAUUUUAACCACGUUUUUUUUUAAGUAAGCUUACAGCAAGCGUUUUUGGUUUUUUUAUGCGUAAGCUAACACAAUUAAAUUUACAACGGUAGUAGAGUUUUAAAAAUAAUAAAUUAAUCUAUACGUAACAAAACCAUUUCUUUAUUCGAUUUACAAUGAUACUUCCGUGUUAUUGAACCGGUAUCGUGUUAAUUAAUAGAAAGCUAAAUGUUGCUUUCCAAAAGAGCCUACAUCUAUGCAAUACGCAUUACGUACGAACCCGCUUCACCUACUAACCCAUACACUGGUAGGAACGGAAGCUACUAAGCAUUUCUUUCUCUACUCUAAGUGACACUACCGCCAGUAAGGUCAAUGUCUUCAUAUUUGCCAAUUUUUGGAUUUUUGUGUUUUUUUUUUCUCUUCUCCUUUUUACCUAGAGCUAAUUAGUGCUAAAUUAUAUUAAACACACUUGAGAAGCUCAUUAGCAAACGGCAAUAUUUCUUGCUCAUUCACACUAUUCGUCCACUAGUGUAGGUAAUAUGAGCGGAAUGGGGGGGGAACAAAAACAUUGAAACGGUUUUUGGGAUGAAACAUGAAACCAUCCAGCGAUUCAUCACUUCCUGUAAACGCGCGUUCCAUGAAAAUGUGUGUACCAUUUUCUUAUUCUUCCUUGGCCAAUGUGCCGGAAAACCGUUGGUACCGUUAACGAGGACAUUACAAGCGUUUCCUUCUCACCUUUUAUUAAUCUUUCUAGCUCAUGCGUACGGACCCGUCGAGCCCUUGGUAGGUGUAUAAUUCGAUUAGCCAUAUUCUGUACAAUAAAUAUCUGCAGUUUUCUACCGUUUUGCUCAAGUCGGAUAGCUGACUUCGGUGUGCAAACAGUUCUUGGUGCAAACGGAGAGUGAGUGUUUGUGGUACAAAGUUUGAAUAUAGGUUUGUUUAAAAAAAAGAGCGAUCCAUCGAAGUGAAACGGCCACCGGGACGCUAGUUUUUUAAAGUUUCUAUAUCUUCUUGAGCCCUCAUCACGAUGCCGUACUACGGUCCGAUGCAACAGCCCGGUCUCUGGGGCCAACCGGUCUCCAAUCUAACCGUGGUGGAUAAGGUGCCACCGGAAAUUAUGCACCUCGUCGAUCCGCACUGGUAUCAAUUUCCACCAAUGAAUCCACUGUGGCACUCGAUCAUCGGAUUUGUGAUCUUCGUACUUGGCGUUGUUUCGAUCAUUGGCAACGGUAUGGUGAUCUACAUCUUCUCCACCGCCAAAUCGCUCCGUACACCCUCGAACCUGUUCGUCGUUAAUCUCGCAUUGUCGGACUUUCUCAUGAUGGGCACGAACGCCUUCACCAUGGUGUACAACUGUUGGUACGAGACCUGGUCGCUGGGAUUGCUGAUGUGCGAUCUGUACGCAUUCUUCGGAUCGCUGUUCGGAUGUUGCUCCAUCUGGACCAUGACAAUGAUCGCGCUGGAUCGUUACAAUGUGAUCGUGAAGGGUUUGGCCGGCAAACCGCUCACCAACACUGGCGCUAUACUGCGCAUUAUAGUGUGCUGGCUGAUCGGAGUCGUGUGGGGCAUCCUGCCGAUGUUGGGCUGGAACCGAUACGUGCCGGAAGGAAAUAUGACGGCGUGCGGUACCGAUUACCUCACCGACGAUUGGUUCCACAAGUCGUACAUUCUGGUGUACUCAGUGUUUGUAUACUACAUACCACUAUUCACCAUCAUUUAUUCGUACAUCUUCAUCAUCAAGGCUGUGUCAGCGCACGAGAAAAAUAUGCGAGAACAAGCGAAACGGAUGAACGUACAGUCGCUGCGUUCGUCAGACGAUGGUAAAAGCGCCGAGAUGAAGCUGGCCAAAAUUGCACUCGUAACUAUCUCGCUAUGGUUCAUGGCAUGGACACCGUACACCGUCAUCAACUAUACGGGAGUUUUCAAAACGGCCAACAUUUCACCAUUGGCAACGAUCUGGGGAUCAGUUUUUGCCAAAGCCAACGCCGUCUACAAUCCGAUCGUUUACGGCAUCAGCCAUCCAAAGUAUCGUGCUGCGCUGAUGCGCAGAUUCCCAUCCCUUGCGUGCAGCGACAGUCCUGCAUCGGACGAUAAAUCGCUCGCAUCGGAAGCAUCUGGCGUUACAACGGACGUGAACCCAACCACAACAUAAAAGCAUCUUGGGGGAACGAAAACAUAGUGCAUAGUGCAUUGAUACUUGGUUUCUGCAAUACAAGUACAUUUAAUGCUAGAUGCCCACAACAAAGGUUUGCUUACCAGCAGGGAGUUCCGAUGUGUUGUAAAGAUUGUGAUCCUAAGCAUAAUAUUUGUUUGCAAUAAAAUUCCAACUUGUUAACAUUCUUGAUACGAUCAUUUAUGAAUUCGGAAGAUGUGAUUAUGUUUAAUUAACUAUAUUUUCGGCUAAUAUUGAAAGGGUUGCAUUGAUAGCAUUGUCCUGACGAUCCAAUCAAAUGUAAUUU